AUGCAAGGAGCCCUGUUUGAUAGCUUCAUCAGGUUGACACCUGAUUUUCAGCCCCGUGAUUUCUUGAGGUCCGGAGUCAAUGUUGAGGACUUCCAGGGUAACUGCUUCCUGUCUGCAUACCACUGUUCCACCACCUCAGCUGUGUCUGCCCUAUCAGUGGGACAGGAUGUAUCCAGUGAUGGUUAUGGUGACAUCUGGGCAGUUGUCAGCACGAAGGAGCAGCAGUUAAAAGGCCUUCUGAGUAUGACCACUGAGAAAUACACAGGAGAACGACUUUGGCUUUGGCCAAAGGGCAGAGUCACAGGAGGAACUCUGAAGAGCACGUCAGAGAGCGAUGCCGAGUCCUUGCAGGCGAAGUGGUGGGAUAGAGUGUCGCCCCUUCCGCUCCGAGCCAGGGACAUCUUAAAUCUCAUCUCCAUUGCCGUGAAGUACAAGGAGAAGGCAUCUCACCCAGUGACUGUUCCCAUCGAGAUGUCCUGCUCGCUCGUCUGUCACAGGGUGUUGGCGGCCUUUCUCAACAAGAACAACGACCUCUGGCUGCUGGCCAGCAACCAGGAGUGGCCCCACUUCCCCGUGACAGCGUGCGGCUCGUCCUCCGCCGAGCUCUCGUGCAGCGUCGAGGUGGCCAUUUACAGACUGAGCCGGGAGUGCCUGAGGGAGGCGCAGCUCCGGGUGAAAACGCACGGCAUCCUGAGCCUGCAGCACACCGGAGCGGUCCCCGGGAAGGCCGACGGGGUCUGUUUCAACGUCCUGGUCACCAUCGCCCCCCUGGAGGGCACCUACAGCCAGUCCCCGCCCGACGUCAGCAGCGUGAAGUACAGCUGGUACCAAAUCGACAAUGAUGAUUUGAAAAUUCAGUUGCUGGAGAGGUUGUCUUUCGCUUCCGUUGUGCCGUUCUUGAAUUAAAAUCUGGUGGGAAACGGA